AUGGGGAAGAAGAAGAAGAACAGAGAGAAGUCUGAGGUAUCAGUGGAGGCAGAGGAGGAAGUUGGUCGUCGAAAUUUCCCCGGGCAAGAGAUUUUUGAAGUUUUCAAGAGAUACGCAAUGGCCUUCGGAAACUUCAUUCGGACGCGCUUUUCUCGAGAGAGAGAACAAGAAACGGGGAACGAGGAGGAGGAGAAGAAGAAGAAGAAGAAGAAGAAGAAGAGAAAGAAGAAGAAGAAGAACAACGAGAAGGUAGAGGUUCCAAUGGAGCCACAGGAGCCUGGGCAAGAGAUUCACGAAGCACACGAGGAAUGCGAAGUGGACGCCCGCAACGCCAUUCUGAGACUCCUUUCUCCAGAGGAGAAGGAGCAAGUGGAGCAUAUAGAGGCGAUUAUGAACGGUCAAUUCACCCGAGAAGGUGUCUGCGAAAUGUACAUGCAAUGCAACAGGGACCUUGACCUCACCACUCAGAGACUCCUUUCUCUAGGUGGAUUUGAAAAAGUGAAGAGCAAACGAACAAAGAAAAAAGAGAGGAUCAAUGCGCAAGAGUCUAAGUCACAACACGAAGUUGGCAGCAGCAGCAGCGUCUUAAAACAAGGGGGAAGUGUUGUUGAUGAUGCUGGAAGAACAGAUACAACUCAUGACAAUACAGUCCAGGAUCUUCAGGAAGCGGAUAGCAAAGCAAGAUCACAGUUGGAUAAUGGUUCAUCACCUCCGGCUGCUGCUGUGUCAUCAGUGGCUUCUCAAUUGCCCAGUAUAAAUAUAGGGAAAGGGAAAGGGAAGGAAGUUAUUCGAAGCACGGGUGAUAACACUGCAGUCAUAUCAAGAAGCCAUGUCCCGCCCUUGCUUGCCGUGGGUCCAUCAAGAAUCCAUGCAUCAAGAGCUGGUUCCGAUCCCAGGGUAUCUAGAAACAAUGUGGUUAGCUCCUCUAGAAAUUAUUCGGGAAAGUUUCCUGCAGCAUCAGGCGGUUCAUUGACCUCACGCAACAGUGGUGAAAGAUUGAUCAGGGGCCCACGGACUUAUGCAAGUGUAGCCCGCGUAGGGAUGCCUUUGGAGCAGGAAGAACGGUUGAUCCCACGUAGGGAUGCAUGUGAAGCCCGGCCGGAUGCAUCCAAUCCCAAUUCUGGAAGUUCUAGGACUUUGGAAUGUGAACUCUUGCCAACUUCAAGUGAACCAAGGAUCCAUGCAGAAGAGUCUAGGACUCAACAUGAAGUCGGCAGCAGCAUUGUAAAACAAGGAGGAAAUUGUGAUGAUGAUGCUGGAAGAAUAGAUACAACUCAUGACGAUACAGUCGAGGGUCUUCAGGAAGCGGAUGGCAACGAAAUAUCACUGUUAGAUAAUGUUUCAUCACCUCCGGCUGCUGCUGUGUCAUCAGUUGCUUCUCAAUUGCACAGUCCUAAUAUAGGGAAAGGGAAAGGAGAGGAAGUUGUUCCAAGCAUGGGUGAAAACACUGCAGUUAUAUCAAGAAGCCACGUCCCGCCCUUGUGUGCCGUGGAUCCUCUGAGACUCCACGCAUCAAGCGCUGGUUCUGAUCCCAGGGCAUCUAGAAACAAUGCGGCUAGCUCCUCCAGAAAUGAUUGGGGAACAUUGCCAACAGAAUUAGGCAGUUCAUCAACCACUCGCAGCUGGAAUGAAGAUACGUUCAGUGGAGAAGGACAGAUCUGGGGCCCUUGGGCAGUGUUUUUGCCACCAGAGCCGCAAAAAUGGGAGAUCCCACAUACGUAUGCAUGGGACGCCCAGGCCGACGCAUGCAACCCCAAUCCUGGAAGUUCGGGAACUUUGGAACGUGAACUCUUGCCAACUUCAAAUGAACCGCAUGGACCACCAUACACAUCAUCGCAUGAUUGUCUGUCACAAUGGGUUGCUCGACCAACAGAACAUCAUCCUUCUGAAUCACCAUCUCGCAACACCCCGUCUGUUGGGCCUCAAUUUGAGCUUCCAGAAAUAUCUGUGUUAGAGAGUGGUCCAUCAGAAGAUACCCCAAGUAAUUCGGCUACAUCUUUCAUUCAUCCGUUAAGAGAACCUGAACCUCUUCACUUGCCAAUUCUUGAUGCCCCACUUGCACCCUCAAGAUGUGGUCCUAUUCAGCGUCCAGCAACAAUGUCAGAGAAUGCACCACCUUCUACACCAAGUGCUUCCAUCCAUCAAUCAUCACAGACCCUGCUUCGAGGCAAUAAUUUGUCCACUGGCCGUGGAUUUACACAUCCCUACAUGGGACCAAGCUACUAUCAGCCUUGGCUGGCCCUGCAAUAUGGUCACAUGAAUCGUGAUGGGUAUGUGCAUCAGAACCUCGGAUAUUAUAUGACAUCUCAACAAGAAGUCUAUCAAGGUGGCAUCUUGUCUCAGGCCAAUGCCGGACCUUAUAGUAGGGGAAGCUUUCAGGGCAUAGGAAGGCCGUGCUAUCAAUCUCCGCCAAUUCCACCUUCUUAUUCACCUGGCCCCAUUAAUAUUACUUGGACCUGCAAUGACUCCAGAUUGCAUGCUCAAUACCAGUAUAGAAAUGAUCAUCGCCCUUUAACAAUUCAUGGACUGGCCACAACUCCACAUGGUAGCUUCCCUGGACAGGUGUUUCUGCUAUUUACACCUUCUUCACCUGGCCCCUUUAAUAUUCUUUGGACCAGCAAUGACUCCACAUUGCAUGCUCAGUACCAGUAUAGAAAUGAUCAUCGCCCUUUAACAUUUCAUGGACCGGCCACAACUCCACAUGGUAGCUUCCCUGGACAGGUGUUUCUGCUAAUUCCACGUUCUUCACCUGGCCCCUUUAAUUUUCUUUGGACCAGUAAUGACUACACAUUGCAUGCUCAGUACCAGUAUAGAAAUGAUCAUCGCCCUUUAACAAUUCAUGGACUGGCCACAACUCCACAUGGUAGCUUCCCUAGACAGGCAUUUCUGUCUGCUAAUGCUAAUAAUAGGCGCAGUGGCGAAGGGUCAUCUCUGCAAUAUGAUAAUCAAGGCGGCCCGAGCUGGCAACGUCCGAGAACAAGGAUCAGGCCAAACCAUCAGCAGCGAAGCCCAUAUAAUAAGACAGCAGGCAAGUUGCAGGACCAAUCAAGCAUGCAACCACCUCGAGAUCCGGGACCUUAAGGCUGAUCACCGCUGAUUAUUCUGCAUUUACUAGGAGGGCCUUUUGCCUAGAAUCUGAUGUAGGAGCAUUAGGGCGUGGCAUUUUCAUCGGGAAGACAUGUUAGGUUCUUGCUUACCCAUUUUUACGCACUUCACUGCCUCCUUUGAUUGGAAAGAAUGUAUAGGUUCUUGCUUGUCCAUUUGUACAUACUCUUCAGUUUUUCGGAGCCAGAAUCCAACUGUGCAUAUACUUCACUGGUUCAAUAUUGCCUUUUGUUUCUUAAUUGGUGUUACGACAGAUUUUUCACUCACGGAUUUUAUUCUGCAAGUAGGGGGGGUUUUGAUUACGCA